CAAACACAUAAGAUAACACCAGUGUGCUCACACUGUAAUGUUGUCAGUCCCAUGCAUUUGGUGACAAAUACAAUUCUUAUUAGUUUACUGUAUGAAUUUGUAUCUUAGUAAUCUUUCUGUGUCAUUUUUGUUUGUAUAAAAUGUCAUUCAAGUUUGCUUAACUUUUACAGGUUGGACAGUAAAGGCAAGAACACAAUACAUGGACACUAGAAAAUAUAUAAAACUCAAAGAGCCAUGCUUUUUGGAGUUUGUCACUGAAGCAAAAAAAGCAUUUGCCAUUCGAGAACAGACACCUGUUAAGGUAACAGAUGACACCUCUACAGAAGUGGACGAGGAUGUAUUUCCUGAACUUGUUGCUGAAAGGGGCAUUUGCUUUAGUUUACAUACUAAUAAUGAUUCCACUUCUGCACAUAAGUUGUCCCCUCUUCUGACUGAUGGGAACUCUGUCAGCAAGACUUCAACCUUUACUGAAUGCAAUGAAGGCAACAAAACGUCUGCAUUUCAUUCCAAAAGACCCAGGUUGGAUGAUUCCAAGCUUGCAAAAGAGACCAUUGAAGACAUCCUAAAGUGCAAACCUGGUGGUAUAGAAGUCAUGCAGCACUAUAAAGACACUGGUAAUCUCUCAACCUCCAAAAGAAAGGAGAUGAUUAAUAUAUUGGUUGCACACAUGACUGAACAAGAAGGGUAAGCUUUGUUCAUUUAAUGUGUUAAGAUCACUGUACUUACAACUUAUUCAAAUGUGACCCUGCCUGUGAAAUACUAUUAAAUAUUUAUUAAUAAAUAAAUACAUCAUCUAGUUGCUUAACCCGUGGUUUCUAAAGUGAUCCAACAUUACUUUUACGCCAAGUGUACCAAGAACCGUUUUUAUAGAUGCUAUUGUUUCUACCCCAAGUAAACAGGAGGGUUUGGUUUCAUGGUGUAUUGUUUAUUAUUGCAGAAGGAUACCGCUUAAGGCCACAAGAGAGAUGUAUGCCCUUGGCAUUAUUACUCUCUUUCCAAACCUAAAAGAUCCUGAAGGGAAGACAGGCUAUGAACAAUACUAUGACACACAGAGAGGCACAGGUUUUAUUAUGAAUCGCCUAAAGACGGUUCAGAGAAACACUAAUUGUAAAAUGCCCUCUCAAUCAAAUGAGAAAUCUUGUGACCCUAGAAUGGAGGAAAUGAUCUGCCUUACAGAUCAGCUAACAGCUGAUGAUUGCCAAGAAGCAAUCUCACUGCUUAAACACAGCACUGAUCGUGAUAUCAUCUUCUGGAAGAUGAAAGAAACGUUUCAGUACCGUCAGGAGAUUGUAAAGGACCCAAAGUCGUCCACCUCCAUCUUUCACAUUUUUCCUAGAUUCCGGGACACCAAGGGUCUGAUACAUCAAGACUUUGCUUUGAUGUUUGGCCUGGAAACAGCCUCCAGAUUUUUAGAGAAGUGGAAUACCUCCUUCAAGCAAAAUGUGAUUAAGGAGGCAAAAACUCUAAAUCCAUCUGCAUUCCUGCUACAGCUACUGAAAUCUGCUGAAAAAAACAACGGAGACAACAGUAAUGAAGAAUGGGAUAGUGACAUAGCAUCUCUGCUUUUGCUGUUACACCUCCUUGCACCCCAACCUUCUGGAAGGAAGAGAGCAGCCAAGAUCAGUGUGAGAGAUGCUGUUGGUCGCCUCCUGAAAUUUGAAAAGUCCUGCAGAAGUUUGGAGGACCAUCUCUCAGAGGUGGAGGACAGACAGCCCUAUCUUCUGGCCACUGGACAAACCAAAGCAGAUGCACUUAAAUUCUACAUUGUGGUCGACAAGAAUCUCAUACCCUGUCAAGCAAGUACUUCACUUGGAGCUUUUGAUGAGCUUUUCAAAGCUCAUUAUGUCUUUGGUGCACAAUAUGACCCAUCUCUCAGCAACAUGUUCACCUUUAUCCAGACAACAAUCUACAAAAUCCAUCCUAGCACGUCCAGCCAAUCAUCACGCACUCGAGAGCUGAGAGCGAAACUGUUAAACAGUUCAAUGGAAUGUACAUAA